CUGUCUAUUUCACAGACGUAUUCGGUAGACAAGCAAGUCACUGACUCGGCGUCGGCAGCCACGGCGUUUCUGUGUGGAGUGAAAACCAACAGGGGGGUACUGGGUCUCAACGCGGCAGCCAAGGAAGGCAACUGCAGCUCAGCCAAGGGGGCGAACGUUGACUCCAUUUUGCGGUGGUCGGCAUCAGCAGGUAAGUUGAUGGCCGUUACAUCGGCAGGGAAGUUCAUGACCGUUAUAUCGGAAGGUAAGUUCAUGGCCGUUACAUCAGCAUGUAAAUUCAUGAUCGUUACAUCGACAUGUAAGUUCAUGGCCGUUACAUCAGCAUGUAAAUUCAUGAUCGUUACAUCGACAUGUAAGUUCAUGGCCAUUACAUCAGCAUGUAAAUUCAUGAUCGUUAUAUCGACAUGUAAGUUCAAGCAUUCUUUUUUUAAACGCACUAUUUUGUUUCUACUAAAAAGACAAUUUUGACGAAAAUUUGAUCGUGUGAACUGAGCAUAAACGAUUUUGGCGAUUUUUUUGCUUUUCUUUAACGUUACAGACAGCUCGAGCCUCGAAUGGGUUGACUGUCAACAUUUGAAAUACGAGUUGUCAUAAGGGGGGGGGGGAACCUGUCACUAACGGUGUGAAGACCUUACGAUAUAUUUAGGUAUAUAUUUUUUUUUAAAUAUUUAUUUUCUCAAAGGCAAAUCAACCGGCAUCGUGACGACAACUCGUCUCACCCACGCCACACCGGCAGGGGCGUAUGCCCAUUGCCCCAACAGGGACUGGGAGACGGACAGGUGA